UCAAGGAGCGUACGUCCAUCUUUUAUUUGCAGGAACAUUAAUUCGUCACAGCCCCCAUCCCAUCGUCAACGUGUAUUAAGGGCAAAAUGGUGAACGCUACCUACGAUGCUUCCGGCGACCUCUAUUCGUCUACUGGAACCAUAUUCAAUAUGGGUGAUAUUGCCUGGACAUUGGCAUCAACCGCCCUAGUAUGGAUCAUGAUACCUGGGAAUGUCCUCAAUAUGAUCUACCUCAGUAUGAUGACCGUUGCUAUGGUCUUUUUCCAGGUCCAAUACUUUGCCUUGCGAAAUGUACUAAACCAACCUUCUAUCGGUAGUCCCAGAGUACCGGCCAUCGUAUUUUGCGUCUUCCAGCUUAUGUUCGCUGCCAUCACGUACGUUAUGAUUAGUAUGGUCUCUUAUUCAGAACACUCAUGUAACUCCAGUCCUAUGAUUGCCCUUGGUGCUAUCGCAGAACGCAGCCGCUUGGGUCCUCUCCUGGCAUUCGUUUUUAUUUGGUCUACACUCGUUUAUGAUCCCAUCGCCUGUUGGACAUGGAACUCACAAGGCUGGUCGUACGUCCUUGGUGGUCUUGACUUCGCUGGAGGUACCCCAGUGCACAUCUCUUCUGGUACUGCCGCACUUGCCAUCUCACUCUACCUUGGAAAACGUCGCGGAUAUGGCACAGAGCGCCUCGCCUACAAGCCUCAUAACACAACUUAUGUCAUCCUGGGCAUGGUAUUCCUAUGGUUCGGCUUCAACGGCGGCUCUGCCCUCUCCGCAAACUUGCGUGCAACCCAGGCGUGCAUUGUUACCAAUCUUGCUGCAAGCGUCGGCGGUUUGACUUGGAUGCUCUGGGAUUAUCGUCUUGAACGCAAGUGGUCUGUUGUCAGUUUCUGUUCUGGGGCUAUCGCGGGUCUCGUUGCUAUCACUCCUGGUUCGGGUUUCGUGGGUUCUCCGGCUGCUGUUUUGUUCGGCUUCAUGGCUGGUACCGUCUGCAACUUUGCCACCCAGCUCAAGUUCAUCUUCAAGUAUGAUGAUACGCUUGAUAUCUUCGCAUCGCAUGCCAUUGGCGGUAUUGCUGGCAACGUCCUUACUGGUCUCUUCGCUCAAGCAAGCAUUGCUAGUGCUGAUGGCGUUGUUACAAUUCCUGGAGGUUGGCUUGACCAGAACUACCGUCAACUCGGCAUCCAACUCGCAGAUUCUGUCUCUGGGCUUUCUUACUCUUUCGUCAUGACUACCAUCAUAUUGUGGGUCAUGCACUUUAUUCCCGGCCUCCGGAUCCGUUGCGACGAGGAGACCGAGAUCCUCGGUGUCGACGAUGCGGAGAUGGGCGAAUUUGCAUACGACUAUGUCGCUCUUGAAAAUGAAGUCAUGCCUCGUAGCGAGUACAAUGCAGCGUCUUCCGGCAGCCGCGAGCCGCAGCACACCACUGCAACGACAUCGCAAAUAAGCGAAGAAAAACAGAUUGGGGAGGAGGAUGUCAGUCGUGUACAGUGAAAGGGUUCAUGGGGUCGAGGAUAAGAAGACUGCAAGAAAGUCUACCACUCAUUACGUUAAAGUCUGUUUUCUUUGUUCUAGCGUAUUCACACAUUUUUGCAUGUUCUGUUUUAAACAGUAACAUGCGUGCUAUUUAGUUAUCUGGACUUUUAUUUAUGUAACUUUAAGAUCGAGUCAUUUCUUGAUGGACUGACUUGAAGGCAUACCCCUUGUUAACCCAGUUAAUUGUGAUACCCUUGUGUCAUGUAAAUACAAGAAAGCCAGAAAUCAGAGAUCUUACGGAUAAA